AUGGCGGGGCGGCCCCGGCACCCACACCCGGGUGUGCACCCCGCCCGACAGGGGCUCCCUGCCCACUCGGGCCCCGGCCCGCCCCCUGCGCCCCAGACGGAGGAGCCCCGAGGCGGGGAGACAGGCCCGGCCCACCCUGCCCGGGGGCGUCCUGGGUCUCCAGGUCGAGUCCGAAUCCGCGUCCGACCCUCCUCGGCCCGGGACCCCCGCCCCCCGCCCGGCCGCCUCCUCCUCGCCCGUCCCCCGACCCCUCGCGGGGACCCCCACGCUCUCGCCCCUGGCGCACCCGCGGGCGCUGAGGCCGGGACCGCUGCGCAGGCGCCCUGGAGCGCGGCCCGGGAGGUGGGCGGGCGCUCCCACUCAGCCGACCAAUCGGACGCGGCGUCCGGGAACAGGCGUCCACCCCGGCCAAUAGGGAGGAGCGCCUGGGGGCCCUUGCAGCUCCUGGUCGCCCAGCUCGCUGCAGCCGCUUCUGCACGCCCUUGCGCAGGAGCCUUCCGUGGCUCCCGGUUCCCGCUCAGGCUCCUCGGCCUUUCCUCCGCUCCUCCCUCUGUCCCUCCCCAGCUCUGUCGCUGGUGGAACUUCGGAACCUGCAAGUGUCAGCUCAGAGGCCACUCUUCCCGGAGCUCUCCUUGGCCUCCUGCUGCCCUCAUGACGACCACCCCCAGCACUUGUCAUCCUGUCACCCCUCCACCCAUCCCACCCCAAGGAAAUGAACCCCAGAAGCAGAGGGUCUUGCUUGCCUCUGUGCCAGCAGAGGGGUCUGCAGAGGAGGGAGGCCCAGGGCAGCUGGGGGUGGGACAAGCCCCGGCCUGGGGGUGGAGCCUGGAUCCCCCUUCCCGGGUGACAGUGUCCCCUGAACAGCUGCCGGCCUGGCCCAGCUCCCGAACCUGCUUUGCCUCCCGUCCCAGGGACCACCACAGGCUGGGGGCCUCUGGGCCCCAGAGAAAGCUCAUGUCAGAGCUGGAGAAGGACCGGGAAUAA